AUGAUAUCUAGAGGUGUAAGAGCAGUGGAAUGCAAAAUAAUCCCUCAAGUAGCUUCCUUGCGCCGAGCAAAUAUACUGUUGUUACGAUCGGAUUUGAGAUUAGUGACUUCAACUUACCAGCGGACAAGAAGUUACGCUAACGUACAGUCUCCAAAGACAAAGAAAUCAAAGCUGCAGAAGAAGAUCCAAGCUAUUCAAAAGAUUUCCAACUCAGAAAACAGCUUUCAAAAUGAAUCAACUAGCUAUAUCUUGGGCCUCUUGAACAAAAACAAUGAACCUAAAAACCUUGAAGAACUAGAGAAACAUCUUAGCCCAGUUAUUUCGAUGACAGUGGCCGAAUCUAUCAACUUCGAGAAGCUCAUAAGAACUAUACCUAGUAUCUACAAAUUUUCUGAAAUAAUUCCAGAUGAAGUUGUCAAUGUUAAAGUGGAUGGAAAGGAUCUAAUGAUUUUAUCAAACGGAACCUUAGUGGGCUGGGGGUUUACAGAAGAAGCUAUUGAGAGCUUUUUGUCUCUUAUAAAAAACUCUUUAGUGGAAAUGUAUAAAAUUGAGACAGAGGAGAUGGACUGGGUAGAAUUAAAAGACUUGCCGAGCAACCCCUUGAACAAUGGUAACUCUUAUCUACUGGGUGAAAUCAUUGUCAUACAAGGGUCUGAUAAGAGCAAGCGCCUACUAGAUAAAACGGCGUUUGCUAUCGGAUUGUCUAGGUCUACGAGGUUAUCUGUACUUGAGGAUGCUUUGGAGCAUCAUUUACUUCUUACAAGAAAAAACUCUGAGAAUUUAUCAAAAGGCGUCAAGAUUUCUGGCUCGGAGUCUACAUUUUUAAGACUUACUGGUCGGUUAUUCCUAUUAAGAGGUAAAUUAAAUUUGUACAGUGAAUUGAUUGAAACUCCAGACGUCUACUGGACUGAGCCUACCUUGGAAAGGAUUUACGAGUCAGUUUCAAGAGUCCUUGACAUAAAUCCCCGAAUCAGCAUUUUAAACAGGAAACUUGAUUAUGCUACUGAAGAACAAAGAGCUCUUCUUGGUGUUUUAAGUGAAAAGAAAGGAGCUAGACUUGAGUGGAUUAUCAUAAUUUUGAUUAUGGUUGAAGUAGGCUUUGAAUCUUUUCAUUUCUACGAGCGUUAUGGAGGCAAAAAUAAUGAUGAUAUAGACUAG